AUGAAGGCGACAGUGUUUCUUUGUUUUUCUAUGUUAAGUUGUGUUUUCUUAUUAGUGGAAGGAAAAUCAAUCAAGGCAAAUCACGGUAAGGAUUUGUUGUUUGAAGUGAGAACGAGGAUAACUUCAUAGCAAGGGUUUAUUUCUGUUGACGGAUCGAAUCCAUCGAGAAAUCAUUCGCUGCAGUAGUGAACUGAUUUUGAUGUUUCAACGUCGAUUUUUUUUGGUGCUCAAAUGAGAGAGAAAUUGUUUCGUUUUAGAUCAUUUUUUUCACGAUCAUAAGAAAACAAGCAAACUCCAACGACAAUUAGUGCGGCUGUUCACAGAAAGCAACCCAAAACAUUCCAUAAAAUUAAAAAGAACGAAUUUCGAUAAGCUAUAAGAAGAUAAGUUACUUUAAACCUGAUUUAUGAGAAAAUAAAGUUACAAUAAGCCAUUGGCUUUAAAGUAAUUAAUAUAUUAUGCUGGGUCAAAUUCAGAGCGUGUUGACACACAAGAACUCUUAAACACUCGUCAAGAGACUUACUGGUAUCUCUUCACUACUUUCCUCGACGGGGUUUGCUUUGAAAGUACCUUGUUAAUUUGCAUACCCUCCAGAGGGUUGACCAACAUACUUCUUCUCCAUAUAAAACAACGUCAAACCUUUGUGACCGUUUCUUUGGUUAGCAUGAAGUUGAUCGUAUGUUAAACCUGUUUUUUUUAUUUUAGACGAAAGGAAAGAGGCUGAUGCCAAUAAAUGUACUUGUGAAAUUCCAGCAAAAGAGGAACAAAAUAUCGACGGAAAGUGUGAUUGCUCGCAAGGAGACGCAAAAAAGUGUCUGAGAGACAAAGGAAAAUGUAGCUGUGACUCUUCAAGCGCAACGAUAAAGAAUUGCAGGCCAGAGGAUUGCAAAUGCAAGAACCAAAAAGAUGCAGAAAGUGGCAGUGUUCAGACAAACAUCACGAAGCGAUGUGACUGCAAAUGCAACUCUCGUUCAAAUACAAGACACUCAACUGUAGCAGCGCAAGUGUCAGAUAACCCGGGUAUCUUGGCUGUUGCACCAUUAAUGCCGCAAGCCGAUGGAAGUCAAGCGGUAAGAAAGGGAAAAGGGUCCAAGAAAUGCUGUUGCUGUGACUGCUGCCACGACUGUUGCUGCCACGACUGUUGCUGCCACUGCUGCGAACCAUGCUGCUGUUGCUGCCACUGCUGCGAACCAUGUUGUUGUUGCUGUUGCCACGAGUGCUGCUGCCCAUGCUGCUGCCACUGCUGCCACUGCUGUCCCUGCUGCCAUUGUUGCUGUAAGAAGUCAAAUGCCUCAGAGAGGACGCCUGCUGUUGUCAAUCCGCAGAUCGCUGCUGCACACUCCAAGCCACAACAUCACUAAGAGAUGGUCAUUUAAGUCUACCGAUUAUUAGUAACAAAAUAUCAAAAAACAAACCUCCUUAAGUGCCACAAUAUCGACAAAAAUUGUAUAUAUGAUCAUGUGUAACAGAAGGGUCGACAUGAAAUAAAAAAU